UACUCCGGUUAGCUACUGGAUAUUCGUGUAGCGAUUCAGGACAUUCUGGUGGGCAAGAUGUCGCGGUUUACCAUGCUCGCCGUCCUGGCAGCUGCCCUCUGUGGAGCUGCUCUUGCGUCAGAGUUUACAAGCCCGCACAUCGUUCACCUUACCAGCUCAAAUUAUGAAGAACAGACUGGCGAUGGCAAGGUCUAUUUCAUCAAGUACUACGCUCCGUGGUGUGGCCACUGCAAGCGGCUGGCUGGGACAUGGAAGGAACUGGCUAAGGACUUAAUAGACGUGCCGAAUGUCGUUAUUGCGCACGUCGACUGCACGACCGAUCGUGAUGUCUGCACCAGCGCUCAGAUCAAGGGCUACCCAACCCUUAAGAUUGUACACAAAGGUGAGGAGGUUAACGCUUACCGUGGAAGCCGCGACAAGGACAGUCUGAAGGCUUUCGUGGAGGAGACCGUCAAGCAGCUCACCAGCGAUUCUUGAAGGCAUGGAGGCGAAACUGCCUGUCAUUUUAACGUUCCUGACGCAUCGUCCAUUGUAGUGUGCAUGUGAAGAUGUCUGCUUUGCAGUUAAAUCGGGCCCAUUGUGCGAGUGCAACUCGUAUCAGCGUCCAGUGCCGCGUACCAGCGCGUCAUCUGAAUGUUCCCUUGCACCUUCUUGGUGGGACGUAAAUUUGUUGUCCUUAACUGUCAGAGGCUGAGGUGCCUUCAUUGUGUAGUACACGGUCUGUUCCGAUGGUAUUUCCUUUAAACCUAGUUUUACACAGGAUUGUGUGGAGGCCCUGGCUAAUUCCAGGUGGUCUAUCUGCAUGCGAAUUAGGAAAAUUUGGUAAUCCUGGUGCAAAGUUCCAUUCCCGAAAAGCUGGUGAGGGCAAUUGUAAAGUCAUUAUGACCUG